AUGGCCGGGGCCUGGCCUGGCUUCUCCGAGCAGGAGCUCCGGCGGCUCCAGGGGCAGCGCCGAGGUAAGCAAGGCCGGCGGCGGGUGAGGGGCGGCCGGGGAGGCGGGUUGCGGGAAGCCGGAGCCGGUUUGUUUCGCAGGCGGCCCAGCUGGCCUCGGGGUCUCUCAUAGAAAAGAAAAUGGUCGAGUUGGGACCCCCAAGGGUCAUCUAGUCCAACCCCCUGCAAGGCAGGAAUCUUUGCCCAACGCGGGAUUCAGAACCCACGACCCUGAGAUCGAGAGUCCCAGGCUGAGCUAUUCCAGACCAGAUGGGGAAAUUACAAGUAAUUAAAAAAAAAAAUAAAAUCAUAGAAUCCUAGAGUUGGAAGAGACCACAAGGGCCAUCGAGUCCAACCCCCUGCCAAGCAGGAAACACCAUCAGAGCACUCCUGACAUAUGGUUGUCAAGCCUCUGCUUAAAGACCUCCAAAGAAGGAGACUCCACCACACUCCUUGGCAGCAAAUUCCACUGUCAAACAGCUCUUACUGUCAGGAAGUUCUUCCUAAUGUUGAGGUGGAAUCUUCUUUCUUGUAGUUUGGAUCCAUUGCUCCGUGUCCGCUUCUCUGGAGCAGCAGAAAACAACCUUUCUCCCUCCUCUAUGUGACAUCCUUUUAUAUAUUUGAACAUGGCUAUCAUAUCAGCCCUUAACCUCCUCUUCUCCAGGCUAAACAUGCCCAGCUCCCUUAGCCGUUCCUCAUAAGGCAUCGUUUCCAGGCCUUUGACCAUUUUGGUUGCCCUCCUCUGGACACGUUCCAGUUUGUCAGUGUCCUUCUUGAACUGUGGUGCCCAGAACUGGACACAGUACUCCAGGUGAGGUCUGACCAGAGCAGAAUACAGUGGCACUAUUACUUCCCUUGAUCUAGAUGCUAUACUCCUAUUGAUGCAGCCCAGAAUUGCAUUGGCUUUUUAGCUGCCGCGUCACACUGUUGGCUCAUGUCAAGUUUGUGGUCAACCAAGACUCCUAGAUCCUUUUCACAUGUACUGCUCUCAAGCCAGGUGUCCCCAUCUUGUAUUUGUGCCUCUCAUUUUUUUGCCCAAGUGCAAUACUUUACAUUUCUCCCUGUUAAAAUUCAUCUUGUUUGUUUUGGCCCAGUUCUCUAAUCUGUCAAGGUCAUUUUGAAGUGUGAUCCUGUCCUCUGGGGUGUUAGCCACCCCUCCCAGUUUGGUGUCAUCUGCAAAUUUGAUCAGGAUGCCCUUGAGUCCAUCAUCCAAGUCGUUGAUAAAGAUGUUGAAUAAGACCGGGCCCAAGACAGAACCCUGUGGCACCCCACUAGUCACUCUUCUCCAGGAUGAAGAGGAACCAUUGAUGAGCACCCUUUGGGUUCGGUCAGUCAGCCAGUUACAAAUCCACUGACCAAAUUAAAACAAUACCUUACUGUUGCUGUAUGUAGGUUUUAUUUUAUUGGUUUCUUAUCUUAUAUUUUGGGAAUGUACAUCCAAUUUUUCCCCCCACCUUAAAUUUUGUGGGCGUACGCUAUAGCUUAUUUAGUUUAUAUGUAUUAUUUAGUAUAUAUGUAAAUCUGGCACUGCUGGCAAUGGCUUUCCAGGGUCACAGGCAGGGGACAUUCUACCUACCUGCCCUACCUGCAAAUGCCAGGGAUUGAUCCCAAGGGACCUUCUGCAUGCAAGGCAGGUGUGGUGCUGCAGAGCUGUGGGCCCCUCCCCUAAACAUAAAUUUAAGUUUCCAGUCCUCAUGGUUCUGAUUAACGGGCUGGUUUAAAUAAGUGCGCAGGAAGUUGCCUUAUACCGAGUGCCUUUAGCUCAGUAUGGGCUGCACUGCUUGGCAGCUGCUCACCAGGUUUGGCUAAGCAAAUCAGUCUCUUGAGCUUAAGCCAAGAAAGGGUAUUCUCUACAGUGGUGCCCCGCAAGACGAAUGCCUCGCAAGACGAAAAACCCGCUAGACGAAAGGGUUUUCCGUUUUCCGAUGCGCUUCGCAAGACGAAUUUCCCUAUGGGCUUGCUUCGCAAGGCGAAACGUCUUGCGAGUCUUGUGAUUUUUUUCGCUUCCCCCCCUUUUCUAAGCCGCUAAUAGCCUUUUAGCCUCUAAGCCGCUAAGCCUUUAAUAGCCGCUAAACCGCUAAUAGCGCUAAUCCGCUAAGCCGCUAAUAGGGUUGCUUCGCAAGACGAAAAAACCGCUAGACGAAGAGACUCGCGGAACGGAUUAUUUUCGUCUUGCGAGGCACCACUGUAUAAGAUUGAAUAACAAUAUAUGAAUCAAGACUUUGAGAUUAGACCACUGAAGAAGCCUGGAAAACUAUCUUGGGGAGUGUGCUAUCUGCAAGCCCCAGUCAAAGGGCCCCAUCAGAGGCGAACAGCGGCCUCUUGAUUACCGUAUUUUUCGCCCUAUAGGACGCACUUUUUCCCCUCCAAAAAUGAAGGGGCAAUGUGGGUGCGACCUAUGGGGCGAAUACAGGCUUCGCUGAAGCCUGGAGAGCGAGAGGCUCUCGCUCUCCAGGCUUCAGGAAGCUCUGCGCAACCCUCCGGAGCCCGGCGCGAAGCCGCGCCGGCCUCCGGAGGGUCGCGCAGAGCUGCCUGCCCUCCCGGGGUCCGCGCAGCUCUGCGCAUCCCUCCGGAGCCCGGCGCCAAGCCGCGCCCGCCUCCGGAGGAUCGCACAGAGCUGCCUGCCCUCCCGGGGUCCGCGCAGCUCUGCGCUCCCCUCCGGAGCCCGGCGCCAAGCCGCGCCGGCCUCCGGAGGGUCGCGGAGAGCUCCCUGCCCUCCCCGGGUCCGCACAGCUCUGCGCAUCCCUCCGGAGCCCGGCGCCAAGCUGCGCCGGCCUCCGGAGGGUCGCGGAGAGCUGCCUGCCCUCCCAUGGUCCGCACAGCUCUGCGCAUCCCUCCAGAGCCCGGCGCGAAGCCGCGCCCGCCUCCGGAGGGUUGCGCAGAGCUGCCUGCCCUCCCGGGGUCCGCGCAGCUCUGCGCGACCCUCCGGAGCCCGGCGCCAAGCCGCGCCCGCCUCCGGAGGGUCGCAGAGAGCUACCUGCCCUCCCGGGGUCCGCACAGCUCUGCGCAUCCCUCCGGAGCCCGGCGCCAAGCUGCGCCGGCCUCCGGAGGGUCGCGGAGAGCUGCCUGCCCUCCCAGGGUCCGCACAGCUCUGCGCAUCCCUCCAGAGCCCGGCGCGAAGCCGCGCCCGCCUCCGGAGGGUCGCGCAGAGCUGCCUGCCCUCCCGGGGUCCGCGCAGCUCUGCGCGACCCUCCGGAGCCCGGCGCCAAGCCGCGCCCGCCUCCGGAGGGUCGUGGAGAGCUACCUGCCCUCCCGGGGUCCGCACAGCUCUGCGCAUCCCUCCGGAGCCCGGCGCCAAGCUGCGCCGGCCUCCGGAGGGUCGCGGAGAGCUGCCUGCCCUCCCAGGGUCCGCACAGCUCUGCGCAUCCCUCCAGAGCCCGGCGCGGCCGCGCCCGCCUCCGGAGGGUCGCGCAGAGCUGCCUGCCCUCCCGGGGUCCGCGCAGCUCUGCGCGACCCUCCGGAGCCCGGCGCCAAGCCGCGCCCCGCCUCCGGAGGGUCGCGGAGAGCUACCUGCCCUCCUGGGGUCCGCACAGCUCUGCGCAUCCCUCCGGAGCCCGGCGCCAAGCUGCGCCGGCCUCCGGAGGGUCGCGGAGAGCUGCCUGCCCUCCCCGGGUCCGCACAGCUCUGCGCAUCCCUCCAGAGCCCGGCGCGAGCCGCGCCCGCCUCCGGAGGGUCGCGCAGAGCUGCCUGCCCUCCUGGGGUCCGCGCAGCUCUGCACGACCCUCCGGAGCCCGGCGCCAAGCCGCGCCCGCCUCCGGAGGGUUGCGGAGAGCUGCCUGCCCUCCCGGGCUCCGCGCAGCUCUGCGCAUCCCUCCGGAGCCCGGCGCCAAGCCGUGCCGGCCUCCGGAAGGUCGCGCAGAGCUGCCUGCCCCCCGGGCUCCGCGCACCUCUGCGCGACCCUCCAGAGCCCGGCGCCAAGCCGUGCCGGCCUCCGGAAGGUCGCGCAGAGCUGCCUGCACUCCCGGGCUCCGCGCACCUCUGCGCGACCCUCCAGAGCCCGGCGCCAAGCCGUGCUGGCCUCCGGAGGGUCGCGCAGAGCUGCCUGCACUAGGAAGCCUCAGCGCGCCCGGGCUUCGCACAGCUGUCCGCAAGCCUGGGGAGACCGGCGCGGCUCCCUCGGCUUGGGGAUCGACGGCUCUUCUGGGGGCUGGGGUCGGGGGGAAGCUCGGGCUUCCCCCGUGCCAGCCCUGUGCCUGGUGGGGAAAUAAAUUUUUUUUCUUUAUUCCCCCCCCCCCCCAAAAAAACUAGGUGAGUCCUAUAGGGCGGUGCGUCCUAUGGGGCGAAAAAUACGGUACUUGGACUGCCAGGGCGAAACAGGUGCAAAAUGCCGGUACCCUGUCAUUUACAACUUCCAUUAACAUCUGUCUACAAUUCCACUAGCAUCUCUCAGUAUUGUGAAUAACACCGAACUUACCCGGUACCUUUUGUUGGUACCUUCAUGAACUUAUCUAAAAGACUGAAUUAAUUUAUUGAUACCAGACAUUAUAAGUUCAUCUUAGGCUGGGUAGUUCGCAAGUCUCUGUGGCUUUGUUUAAUGUUUUGUAUUUUUCUCAGAAGGUUGAUAAAGUAUGUAUAAUUUAUUAUUCUGUGUAUAUUAUUCGCCAACGUGUUGCAUGAGUCGCACUACUUCUUUCAGCAGCACAGGUUGCGUUUUUCUAGUGCCAGGUUUUUCAGGCAGGGGACAUUCCCAGCCCCUACAUGGAGAUACCAGGGGUUGAAUCUGGAAUUUUCUGGAUGCAAAGCAAGGGCUCCACCACUGAAUAACCAAACAACAUACAGGAUCACCUGCAGUAGAGUAAACCAUGCCACCUAAACUGCAUUAAAAAUUAUUUUAAAUUGUUACUGUUAUAUUAUUAUCAAUACUCACUCUUGAGUUCCAGAAGCCUGAGGUCUGUUCUAAAACGGUUCUGGAUUAAAGUUUUGCAGUCAAUUCUUUUAGGGGAGGGGUGAAAUUAAUUCAUUUCUUUCUUUUUUAAAAUUUAUUUAAUCAUUUUUUUCGAUACAAACAGCAACCGCAAAAGACACAUACAACCAAAAGCAUAAUAACAAUAAUAACACAAUUUGACAAUUCAGAUUUGAAUACACGGAUAUACCUAUGACUACACCUUUUAAUCAAUAUUUUCCAACCUCUCUCCCCCCUCCACUUCCCCCCACUAUCCGCCUUAUCGCUUACAUAUUCAUUCCAGAUUUAUCCAUUCUUAAUUUGCGUCGACAUGCAAUUCGUUCGUAUGUAGCUAAUCUGUCCAUAUUAUCAAUCCAUGUGCUCAAUAGAAUCUUUUGCGGCUCUUCCAAUUCAUCAAAACAAGUUUUUUUUGCUUCUAAUACAGCACGGUACAUCCAUUUUUUUGACCUCUUGAAAUCUCCCACGUUUCUGGAAUAAAAAUUUAGAAUUAAAUUAAAUUCCCUAUAUAACAAUUUCUUUUUAUUACUCUUGUUAUAAAUAUCCUCACCUCGUACCAAAAUGAUCUUAUCAUCAGGCAGUUAAUCAUCAUUUGUUCUAAGUUCGCAUUUUUACUCCCACAUCUCCAGCAGUUGUCUGCACUUGUUAUUUUCUUCUGGAAUAGUUUUGCUGGAGUCCAGUGGACUCUGAAUAAUAUUUUCUGUUGAAUAAGUCUUAGUCUUAGAUCCAUAGAGGCUAUUUCUGUUGAUUUUAUACUUGACUCCAAUACAGUAUAUCAUUUGUUAUCUGUACCCCUAACUCUUCCCUCCAUUUUUGUCUAUCAUAUUCUAAAUCCUAUUUUUUCAAUUUUAAUUCACUUCUUUAUUUUGUAGCUUACCCUGCCCCAUGAUGUGAAAGCCUAAUUUUUGUUUAUUUGGGCCAUUUAGAUGCGCCUCUUGCACCGCAGCAUCGGACGGCUCCUGUAAGCAAGCACCGCCUACAUCUGCAGCGCAAAAAGCCAGUUCAGCAGAUAUGUGGAGAAGCAGAACUUCCCGAUGGAGCAGCCUUGUCGUUACCCCUGGAGCAGAGGCUUUCUGUGCCCAAACCGAGCGCUCCUCUCCCCAGACGCCUCUCCCACCGCCCCAGUCUCCGACAGCGGGAGAGCAGCAAGAUGCCAAAAGCAACAGGUUCAACCUGGAGUAGAUAA